CCUCAAGAGCUAAGUGAAUUAACAGCCAAAGCCUUCUGCAAGCUCUUAGAUCAACCCAAAGAAAAAUAUCGAAUAUUAAUAUCGAAAUUAAAAACCAAUAAAAAUGUUUAACUUUUUUGCAUUGCUUGUGAUUUUCGGUGCUGCCAGUGCCAUUGAAUUGCCACUUCUUCCACAUGGCCCAGGACCUCUGCUAUCGCAUGGACCACUCCUAUCACAUGGACCACUGAUUGGCCCAUCACCAUUGCUCUCACAUGGACCACUCAUCCACUCGGCCCCCGCUCUCAUUGCCAAGCCCAUUAUCAAGACUGUCGAAGUUGAGGCACCGGCGCACUACGACUUCUCAUACUCGGUGCGCGAUGACCACACCGGAGACAUCAAGAGCCAGACUGAGUCUCGCAAGGGAGAUGUUGUCCACGGCCAAUACAGUCUCGUCGAUGCCGAUGGCUAUCUGAGGACCGUCGACUACACCUCGGACGCGCAUAAUGGCUUCAACGCCGUCGUCCGUCGUGAUCCCUUGGGACACAAGGUCGUCAAGGCUAUUGCCCCAGUUGCUAAAAUCAUAGCUCCAAUCGGCCCCAUCGGACCAAUAGCCCAUUUGGGUGGACCUAGACUACUGGCUGGCCCCAUCCAUGCUGCCCCCGCUUUGGCUCAUGUGUCUGUCCAUUCCCCGGGCUACGCUUAUUCGCAUUAAAUUUCUGAUAGACCUGUAAAUGGAUUUUCAUAAUAUUACGCAUUCAUACGCCGCCGCAUCUCAUUCACAUAAAUAUUCAUAUACGUACGUACCUUAAGAUGGGAGCCCGCAUGCUCCAAGCUGCUAAGUGAUUUUUCUUCAUAACUAAGUAAGACCGUCUCAUCAAAUACUUAAAAACUACUAUACAAUGCAUUCAUACAUACUGUAGAUGCAUAUAUCUACAUACCUACAAUAAAAAUAGCAAGAUACAUAAAAUCAAA